AAGAACCUCCUCAAGAAGGACAGGUACGUGUUUCCUCUGCCCUACCUGGGCGACACGGAUCACCUGAAAGGACUUCCGCUCUCAGCCACGGACUCGCUCUUCGGUUCCUCGGAAAAAGCCCGUGCGUUCCUGCCGCACACAUCAGCCCCUUACUCCUUCCUCGACCCGAGUCAGUUCAGCUCCAGCGCUAUCCAGAAGAUGACAGAGAUGCCCCACACGUUGGCCACCAGCACUUUACCUUACGCAUCUUCUCUGGGAUACCAGAACGGCGCAUUCGGGAGCCUGGGUUGCCCCAGCCAGCACACCCACACCCACCCGUCACCCACAAACCCUGGGUACGUGGUGCCGUGUAACUGCACCGCAUGGUCGGCAUCGAGU